AUGGGCCAAAGCAAGUUUAUCUUUGGAUUUGCAGAGUUUUUGGUGUUAGAGAUUUCUAAGUAUUUGUUGUAUAAGUUUCUACUGUUAGAGAUUUCUGAGUAUUUGCUGCAUUUGUUUUAUAGUUAUAUGGCACAUAACAAUAUGUCAACAAAUGCCAUGCAAUCUACCCAACCACCAAUUUGUAUAGCGGAUAAUGUAGGCAAGGAUGCUCAGAUUGAUGAUUCUACUAUUGAAGUUGAUGAUGCUAUUGAUGAAGAGACCCAACUGUUGAUGGACCAUUGCAAAGGAAAUCAAAAGGAAAGAUGUCAAAGGUAUGGAAUGAUCUUACUAAAUUUUAUGAGAAAGGUGUAA